CAGUGUCCCCCGGUGCUCCCUUGCUUGCUGCAGCCUACCAACAUGAUGGCGGCAACUCCCAUCCAGCAAAACGGGACCCAUAGCGGGGUACCCAUAGACCUAGAUCCUCCAGAUUCUAGGAAGAGACCCCUGGAAGCGCCACCGGAGGCUGGAAGCACCAAGAGGACCAACACCGGAGAAGACGGACAGUUUUUCCUGAAAGUCCUCAUUCCUAGUUACGCCGCUGGAUCUAUUAUAGGCAAAGGAGGACAGACCAUUGUCCAGCUGCAGAAAGAGACAGGAGCCACCAUCAAGCUUUCUAAAUCCAAAGAUUUUUACCCAGGUACCACAGAGCGGGUCUGUCUGAUCCAAGGCACAGUUGAAGCCCUCAAUGCUGUCCAUGGGUUCAUUGCAGAGAAGAUCCGAGAAAUGCCGCAAAAUGUGGCCAAAACUGAACCGGUCAGCAUCUUGCAACCUCAAACAACGGUGAAUCCAGACCGCAUCAAGCAAACAUUGUCAUCCUUACCACCAGCCACCAAGUCCUCUCCAUCCGACCCCAUGACCAUCUCCAGAGCCAGCCAGGUGAAGAUCAUCGUUCCCAACAGUACAGCAGGUUUGAUCAUUGGUAAAGGUGGUGCCACUGUGAAGGCAGUAAUGGAGCAGUCUGGUGCCUGGGUGCAGCUGUCUCAGAAGCCAGAUGGCAUCAACCUGCAGGAACGUGUGGUAACAGUGAGUGGGGAGCCUGAGCAGAAUCGUAAAGCCGUAGAGCUAAUUGUACAAAAGAUCCAGGAGGACCCACAGAGCGGUAGCUGCUUGAACAUCAGCUAUGCCAAUGUAACCGGACCUGUAGCCAACUCCAAUCCCACAGGAUCGCCCUAUGCCAACACUGCAGAAGUCCUACCGACUGCUGCUGCAGCAGCAGGACUCCUUGGACAUGCCAACCUUGCUGGGGUAGCUGCCUUCCCUGCUGUCCUGUCUGGCUUCACAGGCAAUGAUCUGGUCGCCAUCACAUCAGCCCUCAACACUCUUGCCAGUUAUGGCUACAACCUCAACACUCUGGGGCUGGGAUUGAGCCAGGCAGCAGCCACUGGAGCAUUGGCAGCUGCUGCUGCCAGUGCAAACCCAGCUGCAGCUGCUGCAGCCAAUCUGCUGGCCACAUAUGCCAGUGAAGCAACGGCAGGGGGUGGCACCGCAGGUGGGGCAGCUGGAACGUUUGCACUAGGAAGCCUGGCAGCUGCCACUGCAGCUACCAAUGGGUACUUUGGGGCUGCUUCCCCAUUAGCUGCUAGCGCUAUCCUGGGCACAGAAAAAUCAACGGACGGCUCCAAGGACGUGGUAGAAAUUGCUGUCCCAGAGAACCUUGUAGGUGCCAUCCUUGGCAAAGGCGGCAAGACAUUAGUGGAGUACCAGGAGUUGACUGGCGCCAGGAUACAGAUUUCCAAAAAGGGGGAAUUUGUCCCCGGCACUAGAAACCGCAAGGUAACCAUAACAGGCACGCCAGCUGCCACACAAGCUGCCCAGUAUUUAAUCACGCAACGAGUCACUUAUGAGCAAGGUGUCCGGGCAGCCAACCCACAAAAAGUGGGUUAAGCGCCCUAAACCCCCUCCCCCACACCCAGAUGUUAACUUAAUUGUCCCACCCCCUUCUUCUUUUCAUGGAUGUACUGUAUUUUGCAGGAGCAAUUUAUAUUUUUUUUUAUUUGAAUUUUGUUUUGUUUUUUGUUUCUGUUAUCGGCACGGGAUUUGUGCGUCGGGAUAUUAAUAUAUAAUUAUGCAAAUGAAUGCAACAGUGUUGACAAAGCGCAUCUGUAAAUAUUACAUGUUCUGCGGAUGUUUCAGAGAGGGAAUUUUUUUAGUGUUUUUUUAAUUUUUUUUUCUUUUUUAUUUUGAAGGUUUUUGACAGGUUAUCUCUCUCUCUCGUUAAGAUUUUAUUGUUUACGCGUCAAAAAGUAAAAAAAAAAAAAAAAAAAAAGUUUUUGAAGCCUGCCAUUUUACCAGCAUCGUUGUAGUUAAAAAUGUACUGAAUGUAAACCUGACAGGGCGCGUAGGUUUUUUUUUUUAAACCGUGUGAGUGCUGAAGUGUUCAGUAGUACAUCGCAGAGCCACGUGCUACUCUACCUCUCAGAACCACAAGGUAAUCAGUAUUAGUCCUAGGUGACGCUGUAACUGAACUACUGUUUUGCUGGAAAACAGCUGGGGGUUUUUUUUUUGGGUGGGUGAGUUAUCUAUAAAAAAAAGGGAGUAAAAUAAAAUCAAAAAGCACUGUCCAACUUCGCUCGAACGUCCUGCCAUGGGGUGGUGGCGUAAGAGGGAAAAUAUGUUUUGGAAUAAAAAAGAAAAAAAUAGUUUUAAAUUAAAACAAAAAAGAUAUAUAUAUAUAUUAUCAAAAAGCAAUAUAGUUGCAAAAAAAGCACUGUAAAAUAUAUAUUAAAAUGGUUAAAACUGUGGAAAAAAAUAACCUUUUUGGUAAGUUUACAGAUCAGUGUCUUCAUAACAACCUGUAUGAUGGUGAAUAUCAUGGCUGGCCAGGUUACAUCUCUUUCAUUCAUGGAUGCCAUCCGAUUUACCUCUUCUGACAGGCUAAUUUUCAUUUCACAAAGAGCUAUGUCUGGUUUUUUUCCCCCUUCCAUGAUAAAUAUUUUUAAAAAUCUUUUUUUUUUUCUUUUAAAUUCCCCCCAAGUUCUCUUCAAUAUCACUUUUUUUUUUCUUCAAACUGAUGGCAAUUUUUGGCUACGCAUUAAAGGCAUUGACUAUACAUUCUCAGUGAGAAUUCACAAUGGCGGUGCUAGCUAUGUCAUUUUCCGCCACUGUGUAAAUGUCAAGGUAGCAGAGUGGUUCCUUAAAUGACAUUCCUCUUCAACUAGCGUCCAUAGAUUGAAGUUACCAGUGAUAGUUGACUUCACAAUGAUGUUUGCUAUCAGGAUGAAGAAGUAAAAAAAAACAAUAAAACCCAAAACAUUGACCUUUAAUUAACAGUCCUCAUUUGUGCCGCGUAAGAGAUUUUAACCUGACUUUAUAGUGCUUGGCCAGCCAUGCACCACUCGGUCCAUUAACAUCCCCCUUUUAGACAUAGUGCUGUGCUGUGAGCGUUUUGGGUGUUUUCCUGGCCAAACAACGCCCGCACACAACAAAUUAAAGUGCCAACUGUUAGCUGAUGAAGUUUCAUUAUCUGCAACGGCUUAGUGAGGGCGUUGCCUUUUAAAACUCUUCUGAUUGUGUAUAAUUUUAACACUAGCGAUCUCUUAGUGUUGUCAAUGUAGAUUUUACUGUGAACAGUAUCUGUGAUUUUUAGCUGUUUUUGAUCCUUCCGGGGCAUGGCUCAAGCUGCCUCCACAGGGUCUGAUAGUCGUUUACCUGCAUGUUCUUUUUACCGUGGGGCAUCUUUAUGUCGGCUUCAGUCAGUAAUUCCCUGCAUGCUCGUUUAGCUGAGGUAGUGUUCAUUUCCGGCGUGUGUCUACCUGUCGCAGCGCAGGUUCCUCCAAGGGCCAUUUUUAUUAUUAUUUUUUUAAUUUUUUUUGUUUUUGUUUUUUGAGGAUAAGCCUUUUUUUUGGUUCUCUAAUUUGUCACCUCCUUCAUGUUUCUGAGUGCCAACUAGCCAGAUCAUUAUGUUAACCUCUGCAUUUGGGCCACUUUAAGCCACUGUUUAUGUGGCUGUUCAUAAUCCCAGCAUCUUCUCAUGCUAUGCAUGCAGUCGUACAAAAAAAAUUCAAUGGACAGAAUGUUACUAAAAAAAAAAAAACACAAAAAAAUAGUAAAUAAUGCUACUAAAAAUGAACAAAAAACUAUAAAUGCUGGCUACCUCUGGAUCAUCAGGCUGAGAAACCCCAAACAACAAUUUUCCUUCCAUCUCAACUUCAAUUCAUUGAUAACGUCCAUCAUAACCAACUCAGUGACAUUUUCCGCUGCUCCUCCUGUGCAACCGAUAACUGAACAAUGAUUGUGAUGUCCUUUCGUCUGGCUUCUCGUCCAACAUCUCUCUUUCUGAACUGUGAUUCUUUUUAUUUUUGUUUCCUCUCUUUUUUCUGUUCAUUGAACUUAAAAAUGACCUUCAUUACCAUGUUAGCUUCGACAGUGUCAACUGUGUUCCCUACUUGGUGCACACUUGGGAACUUUGGAAUACUGCUUUAAUACACCAACCCUGUCUACUUUACUUAUGUUUCGUACCCUCUCCAUCCUACUCUCAUUUUUCUCCUAUCCAGUUUCUGUUCACUGUAACCAGUCCCUUCCAUCACCAGAGGGGUCUGCGGUACAUUGUUGCCUUGGGCAACAAAAUGUAUGGUAGACCCCCUUUAACUGGAGGGGAUCAACCAUUCCAAUCUGAUGAUCAAGUCAAUUCUGUUUUCUUUUUUUUCCCAUUUUCACGUUCUCCUUGAUUACAGAAAAUCAUUUUCAAGAAGAGAAAACUGAUAUAUAUAUUAAACAAAAGGAAUGAUAUUGCUUGUUUUUAAAUUGGAAAGAGCAAAGCUGUCGUACAACUGUGUUUUAAUUGGUAAUGGUUAUUUAUCGUUAAUAGUCUCUGUAGCUCUGUAAGUUUUUAUGACAAUACAGUGUAACUAGUGGUUAGCCAAUGAUGCGAAUAUAUUUACUCAUAUCAUUAUAAAUGUGCUUUGUUCAUCAUGUACCAUCACUGUCUCCCGUCUCAUUAUUUUCCUUGCAUGUCACUAGUUUCAAUUCAUUUAUAAAACAUUAACAGUGAAUAAUACCUGUCAGAGUUAUUUCCCUCACUGUCCUGGUGUUAGCAGGGGCACCAAAACACAGGUCAUCAGCUUUCCAUGCUCAAAAAUCCUCUAAAAAUGUACAUGUAACACUAGCGCUCACUCAGCGGGUGCCACCCGAUUACAUCACUACUGGAGCUCUGCUAUUUCGUUAAUACUGUGGUCAUGUGAAAUUCAAGCCACACAAACUCCAAGGGUCUUUGUAGUUCCAAACAGUCUAAUUUUAAGUUCUCUACAGAGAAUGUCUUGGAAGCUGUGUAUAUUGUGUAUUCAAUCCAUAUGCACAACGUAGUAUUUCAUAUAAAAGAAGGCAGAGCUAUUUUUUUACUCUGAAGUAGUAAAUCCUACUUCAGCAGAGACAAAGGGCUGCAAGAGGCAGAAAGGUGACUGCCAAGAAAUACAGUAAACAGUUGUUUUCCGGGUGAAACAUUUAAAGGCCCCUCUUGCCAUAUGUAUCUUCUCGGGGAACCAUGCAUUCCACUGGCAGAUUAUAUCUAUACCCUCAGGUUUAGACUGUGUGUGUGCGGCAGAUCUUGGGCAUCCUCACGGCCAAUCACACCAGCUUUCUUCUUGGCAUCGCUGUUGAGAUGUUGCAACCACUUUUGGCAAUAAGGCAUUUUUUUUCUUUUUUUGAUGAGUUAUGGCAAAUGUAUUGUAGGACAAGCCAUAUAUAAAUCUUCAAUCAAAACCAGCACUAUCAAAUUUUUACUGGUUGACUGACUUCUCCAAUCCAAUAAUGAAUCAUUCACGUUGUAUAUUUAAUUAUGAUGCAAUCACACGAAGAACAUUGAAAGUCUUUCUACAAAACAUACCACCAUAUGUUGGUGUCAUCUCAGUGUACAUAGAAUGGAUAUCAAUUUUCCAAGCAUUAAGAAGUAAACCAUAAAAAAUAAA